AUGUCUCGUGUUUCAGAUUUAACUUGCGAUGAGACAAUGCCGUCUGUUGACGAAGUGGAAAGAAGAGAUGGUCGACGUUUCUUUCAACAGUCAAUUAAUGUUCCCAUAGCUCGAAUUACUCCAGUUGUGCCGAGUAUUGCUUUGCAGCAGAAUUCACGUCAAUUUAUGAAGACGUACAUAAGGAGCCAAGCAAAUGCGCCAUUUCCAGCAGGUUGUUCAAAUGGUAGUCAAAAAGUGGUACAUUAUGGAACAACAGUUUCUUCUGUUCCCCAGUGCGCCGCUGCUGUUCCUGGUCGUUCUAAAUUAGUUACCAUACGUCCAGUUGGAGCUGCCCAUUCCUUUUUGAAAUCAUAUGACAUUGCCCAGUUAAGUGGUAGCCCUAUGACGACUGUAUAUCUUCAGCAGCAACAUAAUUUACAUUUAGCAGGUGCACAGCAACCUGUUCUUCCUUUAUCGCCACGUGCUCGAGAAUUGGAGGAAUCACGCGCUGUUCGGUCUUCUCCAGCCGCUUUUGCAAACUGUGGGAAUAUCGAUUCACGUCGUUAUUUGUCAUCUGGUCGAAGUGUUGUUGGUGUUAGUGAUAUACCGGUUCGAGGUUCUAUUCGAGUUAAUCCAGUUGUAAGCAGUGCGGACUUCUUGCGUGGUGCGAAAGUAGUAACACGUAUUUCUGAUGAAAGAGCGGAUGUGAAACCUGUCAUGAUACCCGCACCAACUGUAAACAUAACGUGUUCUGCACCUGUUACUGCCUCUACUGCGUCUAUUACUACACUGCAUGAUACAGGUAUUCCUAUUUCGGCAGGACAGCAUGAUGGCAUAGUUGGUACCUCCUACCCUGGACCGAGUGCGCGACCUACUAUUUUGCGCAAAAACCGCGAAUCAGGCCCUCUCUCUGCAGUGCGUCGCUUAAUUGUUGCGGAAGCUCAUGCAAACCCAUAUCAGGAAGUUGUGGCGUCCCCCUUAACUGCAGUAAAAGACAAUUCAAGUUUAAUGUGUUUCAAACGCACGAACGCUACAGACAGUCGUAUACUGAGUGGAGCACCGUGUAUAUCACCUGAUACUCGUGGAAUUUUUGCUAGGAAAACGCCUGCUCUACUCAUUGGCAACAUUGUGCAAAACACGAAGAACUUUUCAGAUCAGGUUGCGGUUGCUGGAGCCGUGGAAGUAUCACCACGAAAAAGACUGAGAAAGCAAAAUUUCGAGUGCACGAAUACGGAAAAAAUGAAGUUACUUAUAAGUACUGAACGGGUUGUUGGAGACUCCUUCGUUACUGUGAAAGAUGAACUGACUUGGAAAUCUGCAGAUCUUAACUGUGAAUCACGAGGAGUAGAAGAUCCAGUGCCUGAAAAAAUGCCGAAACGGCGCAGUCGAGUACACAUAGAUAAUGGCACAGGGACGGUGUCGUUUCAGCAGCGCGUUUCAACGUCAAUUCCCCAACAGAAUAAUUCCGACAGUUAUACAAAGGUGAAGAGGAUGAAGAAAACUAAAAUAAUUCCGCGGAAUAAAUUAUCUGCAUUAGGAAUCCCAGCUGUUGAGCUGGACUCCAAUUCAUGGCCGGUGAGUAGUUUUGUCGAUGAAAAGCGGGCAUCAUUUCAGUAUGGACAAAUGAACUCUGCAGAUGCAAAAACGAUAGAAGCUCAGGCAAACGAAAAAUGGAUGGAAGAUGCAGAAGUUCAGAAAAUAGAGGAUACUGCGUACUUGAUGUGUCAUAUAUUUGGGUUACAAAUGACUGUCCCAAGUAAUCCUUACCCAAACAAUCAACGGUUUCUUCACAGUUCAUGUGAUAUAUCAGCAACAUUUUGCUUUUUUGGUGAGGACAAGAUAAAUGGAAAUGAUCCAUCAACUAUUUUAGAUGAAACCUUAUCUCGUGCAACAGUGACGGCAAAACAAGCUGUUGGAUCGACUAUAUCAGAAAGUGUCAUCACAUCGGGAGACACAUCGAAUAUUCAAAAUGAUUGUGGUAAAAAUGAAAUCCAUUGUCGUCAAUUUACUGAACAGAAUCGCAAAGUCUUUGCUCAAAUGCUUCUCUGUUCUGGUUUAAAGGACCGUUGGCAACGUUUUGGUCGCAUUUCCGGUUGCGAACGUAUAAUGAAACGAAUAUAUAUGAAACGUUGGAUGUUACAGGAACAUUUCCGUAAUACAAAACACACAGCAACAGCCGAUGUUGAACUAAAUCCACAUUUGGUUGCUUCAUUGGAUGAUUAUUCACUUACGGCAGCCAAAAAGCAGGCAGAGAAAUUCCUUGAAAAUUACCCGAUUUGUUCACCGUCAACCUCUGAUAAUGUUUUUGAGAAGAAUGUUGAUAAUGGACCUGUAUACGUCUACAAAUAUCUGGAAGAAGCUUUAGAUAUUUAUACACAUAGAGCGAACAGUCGCCUAGUAGGAACUGGCCAUACGUCAUCUCAGAGAUGCAUACAAACAGGUGUUAGGUUAUCUCGUGGCGUGCAGUCUUUUGGUUGCAUGAGUCGACGUGAUCCAGAAACCGAAAUGCUACAAGCCGUUGCAGAAGUUCUAGCGGAAAUCAUUGAAGUUGUUGUCGAAAAUGAUAUAGAAGGAAGAGAAGAAAGAAAUGAACAAUGGCAUUUAGGAAGAAAAAGGAGAAAGAAAGAUGAGCAUUUGUUCGAAAUCAAAAUUGCAGACCGAUUUGGUGUCUUUGAACUAUCUCACUCUGUACCUCAAUCUUCAAACAGUGUUGUUGCUCUAUAUGACAAUAUGAGCCAGUACACUUUUAAUAGAAAAAGGAAGCCAGAAGCUGUAGAUGCGGAUGAUGCUUUCUUUAUGAAUAUUGAGAAUGAACUGAAUCGUAAAAAGAAACGAGUUGGAGGAGAUAAAAAUCUUUCGAGGACUUUGCAUUCUUUAAGUCAUAUGCGAGCAGUUCAUCAGAGAUUAUCCGACGUGCGAAAGGCUGAACAUGACAAUUUAAAUGAAGCGACAAAACAAAUGCUUAAUCUUGUUAGAUACAGUGACCCUACAUCUUAUGUCGAACUGAUAAAUGGUCACAAAGAAGACUGUCAGCCUUACGACAAUGAAAGCGUUCGAGAAGAAAAAUGGCAAAGUCGACUUUUGUCAUUUACUAAAGCAGUUCCUCCGAAAAUUAUUCCAACUUCAAAAAACUAUGAUGCAAAUAUAUCAAUGAAGCUUCAUCCUCCAAUGAAUUAUACGCUCAAAUUGUUCCGGGAGAAAUGUAUUCGUCCACCAAAACGUUUUCGGUCAGGGAUGAAACGGGCGCGCAAAAGCCAGUCACGUAGAGGUCGCGGUCGUCAACGCGGAAGUGUUACACAUUCUAAAAAAAAAUCUCCGACUCCUGAGCCGAAGCUGGAGGAUCUUGAGCCACAUUUUUCAGCUGCAGAAAUGGAUACGAUGUUCAAGAAAGAAUUUGGAAUGGAUAUGAAAGCAUUUCGAUAUGAACGUUGCUCACAACAAGAAUUACAUUCGGCAUAUGUUGAUCAGGAGCAACCAUCGCAUAAUAGACAACGACAAAGAUUGGGAACAGCGAAAAUGUCAAUUCAGUCCUGUGCAGACUGUGGUCUGUUGAAGAAGAAUACAACAAUGAAUAUAGAAAAUAGAAGUGCAAUGAGUAAUGAUGUUACGGCAAUAAUUUCUGAAGAUUCAGGAAUUGUUACUGGAAAGUUGAAGAAUGAAGAAUCACAGCAUAGGAAUGGAAGCGAUGGAAGUCAUGUUGGUUCAUCGGUGACAGUGCCUUACUUAGAUCCUACCCAAAAUGAUGAUAGUUUAUUAGAACAUGUGCAAACACGCGGGCGAUACAUACGCGAGCAUUUCGCCACGCUGUUACAUGCGCUGCGAAUCAGUGAGGUGUUGACAGUGAAAGCGAUCAAAAUGUUCAGGGAUUAUACAGCAGAUCUGUUCGAUCGAGAAAAUAGAGGUGCGAGUUCUAGCUGA